UGUUAGAAUUAUAAGAUUACAUGAAUGCCUAAUAACAUCAAGAUCGACCAGCAACCCUAUAAAUAUCUCUUUGGCGUUUCAAUUUAUAUUUGUCCCUUGGCCUUCUCUCUCUCUCUCUGUUCCCAACACAGAAGGCGUACGUCUUACGUUUGUGAUCUCGGUUAAAUUGAGAGACAAAUACAUAGAACCAAGUCUAGCCGCACUCCAGAAAAGAACAGAGCGAGAAUGACGCUUCCUACCCCAGCCAACAACACCAAGGGCCGACUCCUCAUUGUCGGGGCGACAGGUCUCAUUGGCUGCUAUCUAGCUGAGGCGAGCAUCGACUCGGGUCAUCCCACUUACAUUCUCGUUAGGCCCGGCUCAGGGUUCAGCCCCUGCAAGGCCAACACCAUCAAGUUUCUCCAAGAAAAAGGCGCCAUUGUCAUACGGGGUCUAGUAAAUGACAAGGAGCUGAUGGAGAAAAUACUCAAGGAGCACAAGAUAGAGAUAGUAAUAUCGGCCGUCGGGGGAGAAAGCAUUUUGGACCAGCUUGCCCUAGUGGAAGCCAUGAAAGCAGUUGGCACCAUCAAAAGAUUCUUGCCAUCGGAGUUCGGGCAUGAUGUGGAUAGAGCUAAUCCGGUGGAGCCGGGCCUGAGGAUGUACCAGGAGAAGCGCAGGAUCAGACGCAUGAUCGAGGAGUACAAGCUGCCGUACACCUAUAUCUGCUGCAACUCCAUUGCCUCUUGGCCCUACUACGACAACAAUCACCCUUCAGAGGUUGUCCCGCCGUUAGAUCAGUUCCAAAUCUACGGUGAUGGCAGUGUCAAAGCGUACUUCGUGGCCGGGUCCGACAUCGGGAAGUUCACGAUGAAGGCAGUGGACGAUGUGCGUACGCUCAACAUGUCGAUCCAUUUCAGACCGGCUUGCAACUUCUACAACAUGAAUGAGCUCGCAUCCCUCUGGGAGUCGAAGAUCGGUCGCACCCUUCCCCGCAUUACCGUUUCAGAAGACGACCUCCUUGGUGCUGCUGCUGAGAAUGUUAUUCCACAAAGCGUAGUUGCCUCAUUCACGCAUGAUAUAUUCAUAAAAGGCUGCCAGAUUGAUUUCUUGAUUGACGGGCCGAAUGAAGCUGAGGUGAGCACUCUGUACCCUGACGAAUCAUUCAGGACGCUGGACGAGUGUUUCGACGAGUUUGUUGUCAAGAUCAAGAAGACGGUGGAUAAUGAAGGGAUCAAGGCCCCGAACGCAAUGGUUGAACCGAUAGCGAUCACUGCAACAUGCGGUUGAUGACGAUUUCAUCGAUUAUUUCCCCCCUACUUCUCUUCUUAAUUAAUGCUGCAAAUCAAGAUGCAAAACUUUGAAUAAUGUCGGAGAUUAGUCUCUAUUUUCUCUAUCAUUCAUAUUUGAACCCUUGUGUGAUUUAAUUUAUUUGGAUAAGUAUAUGCGUCAAUCCUAUAUUAUUUAUGGUUCA